AUGUCCCCAUCUAUUCUGGUUUUGAUAUCCGGCAGCGGAUCUAACUUACAGGCACUCAUUGAUGCUUGUGCUAGUGGAAGAAUAGCUGGAAAGAUCACGCAUGUGAUUUCUUCAUCUAGUAAUGCGUAUGGACUUGAGAGAGCUGCCAAAGCUUCCAUCGCUACUACGACCCACGAACUCAAAACGUAUUACAAAGGAAUUCCAAAAGAGGAGAAGAAAUUGAGGCUUGAGGCAAGAGCAGAGUUCAACAAGGAUUUGGUCAAAUUGAUUUUAGAAUCUAUCAAGCCUGAUAUGAUUGUGUGCGCAGGGUGGAUGCUGAUUCUUUCUUCAGACUUUUUGAAACCUUUGAAUGAUGCGUCGAUUCCUAUAAUCAAUCUUCAUCCUGCUCUCCCUAACCAGUUUGAAGGGACAUGUGCUAUUGAGCGGUCUUGGCAAGCAGGACAAGAUGGUUUAGUUCAAAAAGGAGGUUGUAUGAUUCAUUAUGUCAUUGAGGAAGUUGACAAGGGGAAUCCGUUGGUGGUUAGAGAAAUUGAAGUUAUCAAGGGGGAACCUUUGGAUAAAUGGGAAGAAAGAAUUCAUGCUCUAGAACAUGAAGCCAUUGUCGAAGGAACGAUAAAAGUUGUGAAUCAACUUAAUGGCCAUUAA